ACUGCGGCUGCGCGGGGGCGACCGGGGCGCCGUCGGGCUGGGCGGCGGCGGCGGCGGCGGCGACGGCGGCGGACGGGAGCCCGGCCUGAGCCUCGCUGGGAGCCGCGCGACCGGCCGCGGGCCACCAUGUCGGCGCCGUCGGAGGAGGAGGAGUACGCGCGGCUGGUGAUGGAGGCGCAGCCCGAGUGGCUGCGCGCCGAGGUGAAGCGGCUGUCGCACGAGCUGGCCGAGACCACGCGCGAGAAGAUCCAGGCGGCCGAGUACGGGCUGGCGGUGCUCGAGGAGAAGCACCAGCUCAAGCUGCAGUUCGAGGAGCUCGAGGUGGACUACGAGGCCAUCCGCGGCGAGAUGGAGCAGCUCAAGGAGGCGUUUGGACAGGCACACACGAACCACAAGAAGGUGGCCGCGGACGGCGAGAGCCGCGAGGAGAGCCUGAUCCAGGAGUCGGCCUCCAAAGAGCAGUACUAUGUGCGCAAGGUGCUAGAGCUGCAGACGGAGCUGAAGCAGCUACGGAACGUGCUCACCAACACACAGUCGGAGAAUGAGCGCCUGGCCUCCGUGGCGCAGGAGCUGAAGGAGAUCAACCAGAACGUGGAGACCCAGCGUGGCCGCCUGCGGGAUGACAUCAAGGAGUAUAAGUUCCGAGAGGCCCGCCUGCUGCAGGACUACUCGGAGCUGGAGGAAGAGAACAUCAGCCUGCAGAAGCAGGUGUCUGUGCUCAGGCAGAACCAGGUGGAGUUUGAGGGCCUCAAGCACGAGAUCAAGCGUCUGGAGGAGGAGACCGAGUACCUCAACAGCCAGCUGGAGGACGCCAUCAGGCUCAAGGAGAUCUCAGAGCGGCAGCUGGAGGAGGCGCUGGAGACCCUGAAGACGGAGCGGGAGCAGAAGCUCAGCCUGCGCAAGGAGCUGUCCCACUACAUGAGCAUCAACGACUCCCUCUACACCAGCCACCUGCACGUCUCCCUGGAGGGCCUCAAGCUCAGCGAUGACCCCGAGGCCCUGGCCAACGGCUUCGAGCACGGCGGCCUGGCCAAGCUGCCGCUGGACAACAGGACCUCCACGCCCUCCAAGGACGGCCUCGCCCCACCCUCCCCCAGCCUGGUGUCCGACCUCCUCAGUGAGCUCAACAUCUCCGAGAUCCAGAAGCUGAAGCAGCAGCUGAUGCAGAUGGAGCGGGAGAAGGUGGGCCUGCUGACAACGCUGCAAGACACACAGAAGCAGCUGGAGCAGGCGCGGGGAGCCCUGUCGGAGCAGCGCGAGGAGGUGAGCCGCCUCACAGAGAACCUCAGUGCUCUGCGGCGCCUGCAAGCCGGCAAGGAGCGGCGGACGGCCCUGGACAGCGAGAAGGAGCGUGACAGCCAUGAGGACGGUGACUACUACGAGGUGGACAUCAAUGGGCCUGAGAUCCUGGCUUGCAAGUACCGUGUGGCCCUGGCAGAGGCAGGUGAGCUUCGCGAGCAGCUGAAAGCCCUGCACAGUGAGCAUGAGGCUGGCGAGGCCCGGCAUGCGGAGGAGAAGGGCCAGCGUGAGGCCGAGAGCCAGGCGCUCGCUGAGAAGGUCUCCCUGCUGGAGAAGGCCAGCCGCCAGGACCGCGAGCUGCUGGCCCGGCUGCAGGCGGAGCUGAAGAAGGUGAGCGACGUCGCUGGUGAGACGCAGGGCAGCCUGAGCGUGGCCCAGGACGAGCUGGUGACCUUCAGCGAGGAGCUGGCCAGCCUCUACCACCACGUGUGCAUGUGCAACAACGAGACGCCCGCCCGCGUCGUGCUGGACUACUACCGGGAGGGCCCGGCCGGCCCCGAGGCCCGUGGGCACCGCUCGCCCGUCCUGCCCAGGGGGCCGCCAGCCACGGAGGGCGGGCCGGGGGACAGCAGCCCUUCGCCCAGCCCCUCUCUGCCCUCGCCCCUGAGCGACCCGCGUCGGGAGCCCAUGAACAUCUAUAACCUGAUCGCCAUCAUCCGUGACCAGAUCCGGCACCUGCAGGCGGCCGUGGACCGCACCACAGAGCUGUCCCGGCAGCGCCUGGCCUCCCAGGAGCUGGGCCCUGCCGCGGAUAAGGACCGGGAGGCGCUCAUGGAGGAGAUCCUCAAACUGAAGUCACUGCUGAGCACCAAGCGGGAGCAGAUCACCACGCUGCGCACGGUGCUCAAGGCCAACAAGCAGACGGCCGAGGUGGCCCUGGCCAAUCUGAAGAGCAAGUACGAGAACGAGAAGGCCAUGGUGACCGAGACCAUGAUGAAGCUGCGCAACGAGCUGAAGGCCCUCAAGGAGGACGCCGCCACCUUCUCCUCCCUGCGCGCCAUGUUUGCCACCAGGUGUGACGAGUACAUCACGCAGCUGGACGAGAUGCAGCGGCAGCUGGCCGCCGCGGAGGACGAGAAGAAGACGCUCAACUCCCUGCUGCGCAUGGCCAUCCAGCAGAAGCUAGCACUCACCCAGCGGCUGGAGCUGCUCGAGCUGGACCACGAGCAGACCCGGCGGGGCCGCGCCAAGGCCGUCUCCAAGGCCAAGCCGGGCACCCCGAGCCUGUAGAGUAGCUGCCGGGAGGACUCGGCCACGGCCCUGUCACACUGCAGCCCCUCCCCCUCCCGUGGGCCCACGCAGAGGAAGGAAGGGCAGCCUAAAAGUCCACUUAGAAACGUGUUUGGAUAUGCCACUGCAGUUCUUUCCAAGUUAGCAUUCCCUGAGUGUUUAAUGGCAGAGGCAAGAAAGCUUUAAUGUUGAGAAUGCCACCAGCUGCUGCCUGGAAGGCCUUUGCACAGCGCCGAAGAACCCGCCUGGACAGCGGCCACCAGGCUCGCUCAGAAACCCGCUAGAAACGCUCGACACCGGGCCUCCCUGCUACAGAUGCCCUUUCUUAUCCGAUCAACCUGUGCACUUUUGAUAUUUUGAUAUUAUAUUUGCUUCCUUAAUCCCUCCCAUAGAGACAGUCUCAGAUGCCGUGGUCUGUCUCGUGGUCCUGUAGCUCUGUCUUAGCUCCCGCCGUGUUGAUCUGACAUCAGCACGUGGCACGGAUGUGUUUUCCUAGCGUGUAGCUCUAGACUGUUUAGAUGAAGGCCUCGACCCGGCAAGGAGCUCAGCGAGACGUAUCCACGCUGUGGUUCAGCAGCCUUUUAGAUUGUACGGCAUUACGGUUCAUGUUUGAAAUUACAGAUUUUAAAUGCCAUGUUCAUUAAGAAAUCCAGGGUAUUUCCGAUUCUGGGGUUUUUCAUAUCGUAUUAUUAUUAUUCUUAGGAAUAGUUCAAUGUAACAAGAAGAAAACUUGACCUUUGCUCUGGUUAAACAGUAAUAGGCACUUGAAAACAAUAAGAUAAAUUAUUGAGUGAGUAGUGUUACCUACAGCUUCCAGAAUCUUCUGGGUUUUAGGACGUUGUGAAGCAUGACUGAUUAACAGAAUUUUAUACAACUGUACCAGUGAAAUUCCAAAUUGGAAUUGUUUUGUUACUCUGGUUGUUGUGCCAAGUUGUGGUACACUUAGAAAAUCCUGCAGUCGUCGAUUUUUAGGGUGUUCCAUUUCGACGCCUUUUUGUUAGUAAUCAUUUGCCGUAGUGCCUUCAUCAGUUAAGGGAGGUGUCCCAGCGCAGUUUAUGCUCUCAAAUGGACGGUGAAGAGCUAGUUGGGAACGUUGAAGGCCAGGGUGGACCAAGAGGUGUGAACGGGCGCGCACCUUCAUACCCGAACCUGGGCAUCUUCAUUGAGGGAAAGAAAACAGCAAUUGUGCAAAAUUCUGUUAGUCAGUGAUUCUUUACCGUGCAGAUCCUUGCAAAUUCAGGGGCUGAGAAAAGGAGAGUGAACACACACACGUUGAGUGUGCUUUGGGAACCAAAUGGACCUGAGGGACAAGCUAAGCAAGCGGUGCGAACAACAUGCCACGUUUGUGAAGAGCGGGAGGCAGGGGCCUCGUGCGGUGGGGUGAGGGCUAGCCAUAGUAUUCUUUGCAAAUGUGAGGAAGAGACGUUCUGUAUUCUCUUGCUUGGUGUAACUAAUCACUGUUAAUUUCAGGAAACAGAACUCGACAAAGCCCCUCAGCAAUCCAGGGCUGCGUCCUGUCGGGUUUGCUGAGGGAGGCUGUGCUUAUGGUAAAAUUGGUACUCACAGAGGAAGAAAGUGUCCUCUCUCCUCCAAAAUAAAGGACAAAUUACAGUAAUGUGUAAGUAGCAAGAAGGAAGAAUUCUGUUUCCUGGAAUAAGCAUUUCUUAUUCCUAGUUGUAGGGACCCCUAUUUUUACCUUCUAUUACAGUGUUGAUUCAUAAGAAAUAAUGUUACAUUUACGAUAACUUCAUCUGUAUGGGAUAUUUAUUUGCAAUGAUGUCUGAGUACUGUAUUUUUUUCUGUGCAUUACCUUAGUGUCAGAAUGUUGUCUUUAUUUUAAGAUCAUGUGCAUGUUCUCCUGCCAAGGAACCUUUACACAGACCCAAACAGACAAACAAAAAAUGCCUUCCGAUUCUGAGAAAAUGAGGCAGAGCGUGGAAAAGGAGUAGGAAGGAGCAAUCAGUCUCAACUUGGGACACGGGCGUAUGGCACGAAUGUCUGCAAAGCCAGUGCACAUAGGAACAGUGGGCCUGGUAAGGGUCAUGUCGGUAGGACCAAUAAAUAAAGAAUGAUACAAAAGCACAAAA